AUGGAUAAAUUUGCUCUGUUUACUGUUCUGAUUUUGUUUUCGCCAUUUACCGGCGUCGUUUUCGGUUAUGAUUCGCCGGCCGCCGCCCCAAAACCCACUAAAACGGCUCAUUCUCCGUCUCCGGCGCAUUCUCCGGUUGUUUCGCCGCCGAGUCCCUCGGCAUCUCCGUUGAAACCUCCGAUUGCUUCUCCACCGGCGAUAACUCCGGCAAUUUCUCCGGCAUUUGCUACCCCACCAUCUGUAGCUCCCCCGAAGGCUCCGGCUUCGGCGCCUGUUUCUUCGCCGGCAGUAAGUCCGGUAGUGAGUGAAAUUUCUCCGGUUUCGUCGCCGCCGUCUCCUCCGCCUUCCGAUGCUUCUCCGGUGGCCACUCCGGUUGGCACUCCAGUGGAACCAGAAAUUCCGGCAAAUCCGAUCUCGGGAGGAACUCCGGUGGGGACACCGUCGAUAUUCCCGUCGAGCAGCAGCCCGCCAAUGUCGACUCCGGCUAGCCUAGCACCGGAAACGGCGGAGCGGCCUGGAAACGACGCGUCGGCGUCAGGGAAGUGCAAGAUUGGGGUGGAGGUUAUUUUGAGUGGGCUUUCUAUUUGGGCCGCUUGGGCCUUUUGA